AUGGGCGAGACACGCCGGAAACCCCCUGCGAAAAAGCGGAAACCAGGAGAUUUAGACGACCUAAAACAGGAAUUAGACAUCGAUUAUCAUAAAGUAACUCCCGAGGAACUCUACCAAAGAUUUCAAACGCACCCAGAAAAUGGCCUUAGUCAUGCAAAAGCGAAAGAAAAUCUUGAAAGAGACGGUCCAAAUGCACUCACUCCCCCCAAACAGACACCCGAAUGGGUGAAGUUUUGUAAAAAUCUUUUCGGCGGUUUUGCAUUAUUAUUGUGGAUUGGUGCUAUUCUGUGCUUUAUCGCAUAUGGAAUUCAGGCGAGUACUGUUGAAGAACCAGCGGAUGACAACCUGUACCUAGGUAUUGUACUAGCGGCUGUAGUUAUCGUUACGGGUAUCUUCUCUUACUACCAAGAAAGCAAAUCAUCUAAGAUCAUGGAAUCAUUCAAAAACAUGGUACCCCAAUUCGCUACUGUUAUCCGUGAAGGUGAAAAACUGACUCUCCGCGCUGAGGACCUCGUGCUUGGAGAUAUUGUUGAAGUGAAAUUCGGUGACCGAAUCCCGGCUGAUAUCCGUAUCAUCGAAUCCCGCGGAUUCAAAGUAGACAACUCGAGUUUGACCGGCGAAUCGGAACCUCAGUCCCGUGGCCCCGAGUUCACCCAUGAGAACCCCUUGGAAACCAAGAACUUGGCUUUCUUCUCAACUAACGCUGUUGAGGGCACCGCGAAAGGCAUUGUCAUCUGUUGUGGGGAUAACACGGUGAUGGGACGUAUCGCUGGCCUGGCUUCCGGUCUGGACACAGGAGAAACGCCUAUUGCAAAGGAAAUCCACCACUUCAUCCACUUGAUCACUGGUGUCGCCGUAUUCCUUGGAGUCACGUUCUUCCUUAUCGCCUUCAUCCUCGGCUACCACUGGCUGGAUGCCGUCAUCUUCCUCAUUGGUAUCAUUGUAGCCAACGUACCUGAAGGUCUACUCGCCACCGUGACCGUGUGCUUAACACUAACCGCUAAGAGAAUGGCGUCGAAGAACUGCCUUGUCAAGAACUUGGAAGCUGUAGAAACCCUCGGAUCCACUUCUACCAUCUGCUCGGACAAGACCGGAACACUGACCCAAAACAGGAUGACUGUCGCCCAUAUGUGGUUCGAUAACCAGAUCAUCGAGGCCGAUACUACGGAGGAUCAAUCUGGAGUACAGUAUGACCGAACUAGCCCUGGCUUCAAGGCUCUCGCUAAGAUCGCCACUCUUUGCAACCGCGCUGAAUUCAAAGGUGGUCAGGACGGUGUUCCAAUUCUUAAGAAGGAGGUCGCCGGUGACGCUUCUGAAGCUGCUCUCCUCAAAUGCAUGGAGCUUGCCCUCGGUGACGUCAUGUCGAUCAGGAAGCGUAACAAGAAAGUCUGCGAAAUUCCCUUCAACUCUACCAACAAAUACCAGGUUUCCAUCCACGAGAGUGACGACCCUAGUGACCCUCGCCAUUUGUUAGUGAUGAAGGGCGCCCCCGAGAGGAUUUUAGAACGCUGCAGCACUAUCUUCAUUGGCGGCAAGGAAAAGGUUUUGGAUGAAGAAAUGAAAGAAGCAUUUAACAACGCGUACUUAGAAUUGGGCGGUCUUGGUGAACGUGUGCUCGGAUUCUGCGACUUGCAACUCCCCUCUGAUAAGUAUCCAAUCGGCUACAAAUUUAACACCGACGACCCCAACUUCCCCUUGGAUAACCUUCGGUUCGUUGGCCUCAUGAGCAUGAUCGAUCCACCCCGAGCUGCAGUACCCGACGCCGUGGCUAAGUGCCGUUCUGCUGGUAUCAAGGUUAUCAUGGUGACUGGUGACCAUCCCAUCACUGCCAAGGCUAUAGCCAAGUCCGUAGGCAUCAUUUCCGAAGGCAAUGAAACCGUUGAAGAUAUCGCUGCACGCCUCAAUAUUCCCGUGUCUGAAGUGAACCCACGCGAAGCCAAAGCCGCCGUCGUCCACGGAACUGAACUCAGGGAUAUAAACUCUGAUCAACUUGACGAGAUUCUCAAGUUCCACACGGAGAUAGUGUUCGCCCGUACCUCCCCUCAACAGAAACUGAUCAUUGUGGAAGGAUGCCAGCGUCUUGGCGCCAUCGUGGCCGUGACUGGUGAUGGUGUUAACGACUCGCCCGCUCUCAAGAAGGCCGAUAUUGGUGUUGCUAUGGGUAUCGCCGGUUCUGAUGUGUCCAAGCAAGCCGCUGACAUGAUCUUGCUCGACGACAACUUCGCUUCGAUCGUAACUGGCGUGGAAGAAGGCCGCUUGAUCUUCGACAACCUCAAGAAGUCCAUCGCCUACACUUUGACCUCCAAUAUUCCCGAGAUUUCGCCUUUCCUUGCUUUCAUCCUCUGCGACAUUCCCCUUCCUCUCGGGACUGUUACAAUCCUUUGCAUCGAUCUUGGAACUGACAUGGUGCCUGCUAUAUCUUUGGCGUACGAAGCACCCGAGUCCGAUAUCAUGAAGCGGCAGCCUCGGGACCCUUACCGCGACAAUCUCGUCAACAGAAGGCUUAUAUCGAUGGCGUAUGGACAAAUCGGAAUGAUUCAAGCCGCCGCCGGUUUCUUCGUGUACUUCGUAAUCAUGGCUGAGAACGGAUUCCUGCCAAUGAAACUGUUCGGUAUCAGGAAACAAUGGGACUCUAAGGCCAUCAACGACUUGACCGAUUCCUAUGGACAGGAAUGGACAUACCGCGACCGCAAAGCCCUCGAGUACACCUGCCACACUGCUUUCUUCGUGUCUAUCGUCGUAGUACAAUGGGCUGACUUGAUAAUCUGCAAGACGCGCCGCAACUCGAUCGUACACCAGGGAAUGCGCAACUGGGCUCUCAACUUUGGCCUCAUCUUUGAAACUGCGCUUGCUGCUUUCCUGUCUUACACUCCCGGCAUGGACAAGGGUCUGCGGAUGUAUCCCCUCAAGUUCGUCUGGUGGUUGCCCGCAAUUCCCUUCAUGCUGUCGAUCUUCAUCUACGACGAGAUCCGACGCUUCUACCUGCGCCGCAACCCGGGCGGCUGGCUCGAACAAGAGACUUACUACUAA